AAGAUCGAGAUAAUUCCAGACACGCGCGCACACACACAUAGGGCAGGAGGUAGAAGAACAGUUAUUAUGGCUUCAUCGGCGGUGAGCCACAGCCACGGCGGGCAGCACCAGCACCAGCUGCCGGCGUCUGGGAGCAUGAUGGCGCGGGUGGACAGGCUGGACCUGGUGGUGGGGUACCUGGAGGAGCUGCGCCACCACAGCGGCGGCAGCGGCAGGUCGUCCACCACCGCGACCAGCACCCUGUCAUCGUCGUCUCCGACCACGCCUCGGUCGUCUCGGCCUCACGGGUGCCGGCCGGCGGAGGAGCUGCUGCGGGAGGCCAAGGCCAAGGGCAGCCUGGUGGAGCGCAUCGCGUUCCUGGAGGACCGCGUGCUCCGGAUGGAGGAGGAGCGCAUGGAGCUGUCGUCGUCGAGCAUGCUUGACACGGCGGAUCAGACCACGCCGACCUCGUCGGGGAGGAGGACGAUGAGGAUGAUGAUGAACGGCGGCGGCGGGGCUGGGGAUGAGCAUGGGAGUGGUGGGAGCGGGAGGAAGGGGAAGAAGGGGCUCAAGAGCUUGGUCAAGUCGUGCGUCCGAGCAGGCGCCAAGCUCAAGACCAAGGAAUAGUCGGUGUCUGUAGUCCUAGUCGUGUGUGUACGUGCACACGUCAUGUACACUUCAGGUAUCUGUGAAAACGUGUUGUGAAUGUAUACUUCGUAUAAAAGUAGUAAUAUUAAUAUAUG